GUGGCGCUACCAGUGUGUAGUCCACUCGUGUGGUUUCCUUGUAAAAAUAUCGCUAAUCGGAAAUUGUGUCUAAUUUUUAUGUUGUAAAGUCAGAAUUAAAAUGGCGAAGUUAUUGAGCAGGGAAUUACCUGAUAUCGAGAAUCUUCUAAGGCUGAAUCCUACAGUGAAGCCGUACACCAACCUGGUGAGCACUGCUGAAACCAAGAAAAACAAGCAGCACUGGAAGAGAAACGCUGAUAGGAAAUGCACUACAUGUCCAACUCUAACAAAUAACUUCGAUGACAUCAAACAUACGACGCUCUCCGAACGUGGAGCCCUCAAAGAAGCAGCGCGGUGCCUCAAAUGCGCGGACGCACCCUGUCAGAAGUCCUGCCCUACGCAGAUUGACGUCAAGAGCUUCAUUACCAGCAUUGCAAACAGGAACUACUAUGGCGCAGCGAAAGCAAUCCUUUCGGACAACCCGUUGGGUCUUACUUGCGGCAUGGUGUGUCCGACCAGCGAUCUGUGCGUGGGCGGAUGCAACUUGCAGGCUUCUGAGGAAGGCGCCAUUAACAUUGGCGGGUUGCAGCACUUCGCUGUUGAGACCUUUAUGAAGAUGGGUAUCCCACAAACACUGGACCCAAAUACCAAACCCUUACCAAAGGGUGGUAACCAGAACAUCGCGCUCGUUGGUGGAGGCCCAGCCAGCAUCAGCUGUGCCUGUUUCCUCGCCAGACUUGGAUAUAAAAAUAUUACUAUCUAUGAAAAGGAGUCCUACCUUGGUGGACUUAGUUCAUCAGAAAUACCUCAAUAUCGUCUACCGUACGAUGUAGUGCAAUAUGAAAUUGACUUAGUGAAAAACCUUGGAGUCAAGUUCGAGACCGGAAGAAAGCUCUCCACUCAAGAUCUUACGGUUCAAGGUCUUCUAAAGGAACAUGCAGCAGUAUUUCUCGGCAUUGGCCUUCCGCAACCGAACAGUAUUCCCGUGUUCAAAGGCCUCACGCAGGAAAUGGGAUUCUAUACCAGCAAGGACUUCCUACCGCUUGUUGCACGAGGUAGCAAAAAAGGUAUGUGCGUGUGCAAGAUAUCGUUGCCGCAACUGUAUGGCAACGUGAUCGUGCUCGGCGCCGGCGACACUGCCUUCGACUGCGCCACGUCUGCGCUGCGUUGUGGCGCAAGACGGGUGUUCGUCGUCUUUAGGAAGGGCUUCACUAAUAUUAGAGCUGUACCUGAGGAGGUGGACUUGGCAAAAGAAGAGAAAUGUGAAUUCGUUCCAUUCAUGUCUCCCAAAGAAGUGAUAGUCAAAAAUGGCAAGAUCGUGGCCAUUAAAAUGUGUCGCACCGAGCAGCAGGAUCACGGUGACUGGGUCGAAGACGAAGACCAGAUUCUACAGCUGAAGGCCAACUUUAUUAUUUCUGCUUUUGGUUCUGGUCUUUACGAUAGCGAUGUGAAAGAAGCAAUGUCGGGCGUGAAAUUCAACCGCUGGGGUCUACCAGAAGUGGACAACACGAGCAUGCAGAGCGUGAGCGAGCCAAGGGUGUUUGUUGGGGGAGACUUGGCCGGUGUGGCUGAAACCACUGUUGAAUCCGUUAACGACGGCAAGACCGCGGCUUGGCACAUGCACUGCUAUUUGCAGGGACUCCCCUUUGACUCGCUAGUAGAGCUCCCCAAGUUCCACUGCCCUAUCGACGACGUGGAUUUGUCGGUGGAAGUGUGUGGCAUCAAAUUCGAAAAUCCAUUUGGCCUGGCCAGUGCCCCACCUACCACCAGUUCGGCUAUGAUACGACGGGCUUUCGAACAGGGAUGGGGAUUCGUCGUUACUAAGACUUUUGGGCUUGAUAAGGACCUAGUUACAAAUGUGUCUCCUCGUAUUGUGCGCGGCGUAACCUCUGGCGAGAACUACGGCCCUGGCCAGGGAUCUUUCCUCAACAUCGAACUCAUCUCUGAGAAGCGCGAGGCCUAUUGGUGUCAGAGCAUUGCUGAACUUAAAAAAGAUUUCCCUACUAAGGUAAUCAUUGCAUCAAUAAUGUGCUCAUACAAUAAGGACGAUUGGUUCGAGUUGGCGCGGAAGGCAGAAGCGGCAGGCGCCGACGCGCUGGAGCUUAAUCUUUCGUGCCCUCAUGGCAUGGGCGAAAGCGGAAUGGGCCUGGCUUGCGGACAGGAUCCGGAACUUGUCAAAGGCAUAUCGCAGUGGGUGCGACAGGCGAUCAAGAUUCCCUUCUUUAUCAAGCUCACUCCAAAUAUUACGGACAUCGUAAGCAUUGCUAAGGCCGCUUAUGAAGGUGGUGCCAGUGGCGUCUCUGCUAUCAACACGGUACAAGGGCUGAUGAGUGUGAAAGCUGAUGCGACUCCUUGGCCGGCUGUUGGUAUUGAAAAGCGCACAACAUAUGGCGGCGUGUCAGGCAACGCAACGCGACCAAUAGGCCUUCACGCAGUCUCCGCGAUUAGCAAAGAGCUGCCCGGCUUCCCCGUCCUCGGUAUCGGCGGCAUCGAUUCCGCUGACUCUGCAUUGCAGUUUAUUUUGUGUGGAGCUCCGGUUGUACAGAUUUGCAGUGCAGUGCAGAACCAAGAUUUCACAUUGGUAGAAGACUAUAUAACGGGUUUAAAGGCGCUGUUGUACUUAAAAUCGGUAGAACCACAUGGUUGGACCGGACAGUCGCCGCCCUUCUACAAGCACCAGAAAGGCAAGCCUGUACAGACACUGCGCGAUGACAAUGGCAUGGUACUACCGCAUUUUGGGCCGUACAACAAAAAACGUGAACAGAUCCUCCACUCGAUGAGGCUGAAAUCCGACCUGCUCGAAGACAAUAAGGUCGACAGUUACUUGCCUAAUGCAGUAAAUAAUAUGCCAGUGCUGAAAAUACGAGACGUGUUGGGAGCGGCGCUGCCCAGGAUUGGUACUUACAAAAAUUUGGACAAUACUAAACAAGUCGUUGCUUUGAUUGAUGAUGACCUGUGUAUCAAUUGCGGAAAGUGCUACAUGGCAUGCGCUGACUCUGGUUACCAGGCCAUUCAAUUCGAUCCAGAAACGCACAUCCCGCAUGUAACCGAGGACUGUACAGGAUGCACAUUGUGCUUGUCUGUCUGUCCUAUUAUUGACUGCAUAUCAAUGGUGCCGAAGACAAUACCUCACGUGAUCAAGAGAGGGCUUCACCAUGAAGUUCACCCGGUCACGCCGCUAGACACAGUUAGACUUUGUCAAUAAUUGUAAUUCGUAGUAUAUUGUACAAAUAUAUAUUGAAUAAAGGAAUUGUAAUA